AUGGUGCUGCCUCCCCCGGACCGGCGCCACGUGUGCCUGACCACGCUGGUGAUCAUGGGCAGCAUGGCGGUCAUGGACGCGUACCUGGUGGAGCAGAACCAGGGCCCGCGCAAGAUAGGCGUGUGCAUCAUCGUGCUGGUGGGCGACGUGUGCUUCCUGCUGGCGCUGCGCUACGUGGCCGUGUGGGUGGGCGCCGAGGUGCGCACGGCCAAGCGCGGCUACGCCAUGGUCCUCUGGUUCCUCUACGUCUUCGUGCUGGAGAUCAAGCUCUACUUCAUCUUCCAAAACUACAAGGCGGCGCGGCGCGGCGCGGCCGACCCGGUGGCGCGCAAGGCGCUGACGCUGCUGCUGUCGGUGUGCGUGCCGGGCCUCUUCCUGCUGCUGGUGGCGCUCGACCGCAUGGAGUACGUGCGCACCUUCCGGAAGCGCGAGGACCUGCGCGGCCGCCUCUUCUGGGUGGCGCUGGACCUGCUGGACCUGCUGGACAUGCAGGCCAGCCUGUGGGAGCCGCCGCGCAGCGGGCUGCCCCUGUGGGCCGAGGGCCUCACCUUCUUCUACUGCUACAUGCUGCUGCUGGUGCUGCCGUGCGUGGCGCUCAGCGAGGUCAGCAUGCAGGGCGAGCACAUCGCGCCGCAGAAGAUGAUGCUCUACCCGGUGCUCAGCCUCGCCACCGUCAACGUGGUGGCCGUGCUGGCGCGCGCCGCCCACAUGGCGCUGUUCCGCGACAGCCGCGUCUCCGCCAUCUUCGUGGGCAAGAACGUGGUGGCGCUGGCCACCAAGGCCUGCACCUUCCUGGAGUACCGGCGCCAGGUGCGCGACUUCCCGCCACCCGCGCUGGCGCUGGAGCUGCAGCCGCCCGCCCCGCAGCGCAACUCGGUGCCGCCGCCCCAGCCGCUGCACGGCCCCCCGGGUCGCCCCCGCGGCCCCUCGCCCACGCGCGAUGCCCUGGACACGUGA